ACAAUCUGGUUGAAAUCGUCUUUAACUUAAAAAGACCAUGGCCCGUAAUAGUGAAAAGGCUAUGACAACAUUAGCCAGAUGGCGGGCAGCUCAUCUUGGUGAUAAUAAGGAACAGGAAAGACGGCCAUAUAUAGCCUCAGAGUGUACUGAUUUAAGGAAAGCAGAAAAAUUUAGAAGACAAAUAAUAGGAGAAAUUUCAAGAAAAGUCGCACAAAUUCAAAAUGCUGGUCUUGGUGAGUUUCGACUGCGAGAUUUAAAUGAUGAAAUUAACAAGUUGCUACGAGAGAAGGGUCAUUGGGAGGACCACAUCAAGGAGCUUGAUGGACCUGACUACAGGAAAAUUGGGCCAAAGAUGUUGGAUCAGGAAGGAAAAGAAGUACCAGGGAAUAGAGGAUACAAAUAUUUUGGAGCAGCGAAGGAUCUUCCUGGUGUCAAGGAAUUGUUUGAACAAGAGCCGCCUCCCAUGUUGCGGAAAACACGUGCAGAAAUGAUGAAGGACAUUGAUGCUGAUUACUAUGGCUACAGAGACGAAGAUGAUGGUAUUAUUGUACCUAUAGAAGUGGAUAUUGAAAAAGAAGCCAUUGCCACAGCAGUGAGGGAGUGGAAAGAACAACAGGAGGCCCGGGCCCAGGGUAACCAUGGUGACCAGGAGGAGGAAGAGGAUGAGCCCGCACUGUAUCAAAAAGAAGAGAUUGAGGAAGAGGAAAUGGAAACAGAGAAAACUGAGGAAGAAACCCAGCAUUUUAUUGCUCACGUUCCUGUACCAUCACAAAAAGAGAUUGAAGAAGCCCUUGUCCAAAGGAAAAAAAUGGAACUUUUACAAAGAUAUGCCAGCGAAUCACUCCAAACAGAAGAAGGCCAGUCUAAGGAGAUGAUGGGCUUAUAACAGUGAAGGUUACAGAUUGUGUGUGUGUUGGUGAGCUGGUAGUGAGCCUGUAUUACAAGAGCACUAUCAUAGUGUUUGUAUGUUAGUGAGCUGGUACAUAUAGGAACAAUAUCAUAGUGAGUUUGUAUAUUAGUGAGCUGGUAUGUCUUAAGAGUGUUUAUAUCUUAGUGAGCUGGUAUGUCUUAGAGUGUUUGUAUGUUGGGGAGCUGGUACAUACAGAAGCAAUACCAAAAAGUGUGUUUGCUUAUUUGUGAGUUGGUUUAUACAGAAACAACAUUGUUGGGUUUGGUUUGUAUGUUAGUGAGCUGAUAUGUACAGGAACAAAUCGAGUUUGUAUCGAAGUAGGUUUGUACAUAUAGAUACCACUCUGUUUGUAUACUAGUAAACUGGUAGUCUGUAUGUUCAGAGACAAUAUCAUGGUGUGUUUGCAUGUAAGUGAGCUGAUAUGUAUAGAAUCAUUAUCAUAGUGUGUAUGUUAGUGAAAUUGUUUGUCCAGAAUGUUGUUUGUAAACAAGAUUAAAUAUGCAAAACCAAUAUUACAGUGUAUAAAUAUGUUAAUGAGGUGGUAUGUAUGAAAAAAAAUGUAGUGCAUUUAUUUGAGUGUGAACCUGACAUGGUGUAGUGAGCACACAUUUAUAUCAUGUACGGUGGAAUUUCUCCAAAUGGACCAUGCAUGAGUGAUUGAUAUUGGGAAGGUUAUUUUUUACCCUCUGUAAUAAUGAGGACAUCAUUCCAUACAUCACCAUUGCCUUCAGAUUUAAGGGGAGAUAAGUUUUGAGAAGGAUCUGUUAAAGGUAGUAUAUACUGUAUUAUUCAUAACUUGUGUGUACACUUGAGUUUGUACAAUAUAGUUAAAUGACUCAGUCAUGUAAAAUUCAUGAAUCUUACAACAGAAUUAAUAAGAUCAGAAAAAUCAAAUGAAUAUACUCAGUCCACUGAUUAUAUCAAAUAUUCAUCAAUAUAUUAGGUUUUAAUGAUCAUCCUUUGUUCAUCCUUAUACAAUUCUAGUUAUCUUUGUUUAGAAGUGAGAAAAAUUAAUAUGAAACAUCAGAAAGUAUGCCAUUGUAUAAGGUAAAACCAUUUAAUAUGUGUGAGUGCAGUAGUAUGAUUUGUAUAUUUCAGGACAUCCUCAAAUAAAUGUUGGACAGGUUAGGUGUGUAUGUGUUAUUUGAUGUGCAGAAGUAGGAGAUGAGACACUUGAUAAAUGUCUAUUUACAAAUGUUUAUGAAAGAAGUAUAAUUUGUAAAUAA